CAGACUCCGUCGAGUAAACGUAAAAACCAUAGCCCUAUCCUAGUGAGUAUGUUGGUCGCAGACCCUCAAGACCCUCCAGCCAUUUGUUCUCCAUCCACCUAUCGUGGACACCAAGAAGGUCCCAUCUGCUCGGUAUCACCAACCUCGCCACAAGAUAACAGCUACGAGUGCUAGAUUCCGCACCAAGUCCAGGCCAAGUCCAAGUCCAAAACGUAUGAAAGUCGCCCCUACCCCAAGUUCCAAAAUGUCACGCAUUGACCUUCUUGUUCUUUCUUGACUUGACUGCUUGCCCUGGUCGUCACUCGUCACUGCUGCAAACCAGACCCUGCUCUUUCCUUCAUUUAUCCUGAGAUCCACCGCCCACUUGCUUUGACUGCCAUCUCCUCCUCUUCUUCCACCCCAAACUUGCCACUAUAUCUCUGUUCUACACAGUACUCCAGCAUCAACUUACAAUUGACAUUACCAGUCUCGUCUCACUCACUGUCCACCUCUACCAUCCCCAUCACCAUCACCAUGUUGCUCAAGAUCUUUCUCGCCGCCUCGGCAUUGGCCGCCACCUGCUCUGCGCAGACCAUCGAGACCUCGAGCGCAAGCUCCGUUGCAGCUUCUACCACAGUCUCACAGAUUAUGCCACCUGUUGCGACGCAGGCAUUUAACCCUGCUCUAGUCAACGCCAGUGAUGCUUUCAACUGGUGUCUCGGUCAGCGCAACACCUGCCCUCAGAUGUGUGGCGGUUCUGCUUCUCAAAACUGGUGCAACUCGGAUACUUUCACCUAUUCCUGUGUCUGUGCGAACGGCACUGUUCCCGACUCGACCGCCUUUGCUGGCACGCUUCCUUUCUUCAUCUGCCAGGAAACCUACAUCCAGUGCAUGGCCGCUAAUCCUACCAAUGCGCAAGCUCAAGCUGUCUGUGCAGAAAACGAGCAAUGCGGCACUCGCAACGCUACUGCCGAGGCCCUUGCCGCAACCUCUGCUGCUCAGUCCACUACUGCCUCAGAAACGGCAGCCAGCUCGACCGCAUCGGAGACCGAGUCCGCAACUGCCACUUCUGAGUCCGCCUCUUCCACGCCGACGGGAGGUGCAGCCACUCAACAGAUCGCCACCGGAGCCUUUGCUGCUCUCCUCUUGGCCGGCAUCAAGCUCUUGUUAUAAACCAGAGUCAGUUUAGGAGCUUGCUCCAAUUCUUGGUCUCAUACAAUCAAGAUGGUUGGAAAUGGCUUAGACUAUGAGAGGUGGAUGGGGAUACUUCCUACGGUGGGCGUUGCGCCCUCUCUUGUUGGAAGGCAACCCCUUCUUUGAGGACACUGAGAGGGAACCUGAUGACUUUGCGAUGGAUGAUUUAUGCUAUUGAGCGCUUUUUUGCUGUUGCUACAUUGGGGGCAAGCACCAGCGCAUUUCAAUCCUUUGGCGAGCGUGCAUUCCUUGCGACAUGAUCAUUGCACACAAGAGGAUUAGCCGUACAAGCUGUGAAAUAAUAAAAAGCUGAUUUCUAUUUUGGGCCGAGGGUAUGGAGGGGUUUUCUGAACAUUUUGACGCCGAUCGGUGGCAUGCCCCCCACUGAUCAACGUUUUCCACUUUUAUGCUGCGUAAGGUCGGUAACGUGAUACACUGGGAGGACAUUUUGUUGGACAAAGCACAGACAGAUGAUCUGGUGCGGGGAUGCUUCUCCAACCAUGAUCCCAGCACAUUUUCUAGUAGCCGUGGGUCUGAGCAGUGCGCUACGUGGUCCUAGCGGCAUGGCCAGCCUCGCAUUUCUCGCGG